AUCUCUAUAAAUUGAGAGCAUCUUCAUGCUCAUUCACAUGUACUCUGAAUAUAUUCUCCAGGCAUAGAAGCCCCCAACUGUGGGACUUUGUAAGUGUUGGCUCGAAAAAUGGCCAAUCUAUGGCAUUACCUCGUCUAUGCAUUGGGAUUGUUCUUGUUAGCCACCAAUGUAGUAGCAGCCAUUGACGAGCCUAGUUUUGUUCACUCUCCCCCUCCUAACCAAAUAAGACGACCACCAAUAAAGGUCCCAAACCCACUACAACCAUUUCACAAUCAUAGGCAACCACCUCCACUAUUACCAUAUUACAAGAAGUCUCCUCCACCACCACCAAGUCGUCGUAAAUACCCGCCACCUCCACCACCAUACUACAAGAAGUCUCCUCCACCACCAAGUCAUUGUAAAUCCCCGCCACCUCUAUCACCAUACUACAAAAAGUCUCCUCCUCCACCACCACCACGCCAUCAAAAUCGUAAGCCACCACAUAAUUCCCAAAUGUCCCCACCACCGCCAAUGCCAAACUACCAAAACUCCCCUCCUCCACCACAGCUAGACAACCAAAAGUCUCCUCCUCCUCCUUAUGUUUCUAAAUCUCCUCCACCACCAUCAUCAUCACCUCCCCCUAUUUCACCUCCAACUCCAACUCCAUCACCUAGUAGUGAACCACCAUUACCAACUUCUCCAUCUCCAUUCCCAUCCAUACCUUUAUCUCCAGCUCCAUCCUCUUCUCUAUCCCCAUCUAUAUCUUUGUUGCCACCACCUUCUCCACCUCCUUCCCUGUCACCAUCUUCAUCUCCAUUACCUGGAACCGAGCCACUACUACCACCUUCUCCAUCUCCAUUCACAUCCACACCUCUAGCCCCAACUCCAUAUUCGUCCUUAUCUCCAACAACAUUCCUACUACCAACACCAUCUCUGUCUCCAUCUAUAUCUCCAUCACCUAUCAUUGAGCUACUAUCACCACCUUCUCCAUCCCCUUCCCCCUCACCAUCUUCAUCCCCAUUACCUGGCAAUGAACCACUAUUACCACCUUCUCCAUCUUCAUUCUCAUCCAUACCUCUAUCUCCAACUCCAUCUUCAUCCUUAUUUCCAUCAACAUUGCCACUACCACCACCAUCUCUAUCUCCAUCUAUAUCCCCAUCACCUAUCAAUGAGCCACAAACACCACCUUCUCCAUCUCCUUCCUCGUCACCAUCUUCAUCCACAUUACCUAGCAAUGAACCACUGCCACCACCUUCUCCAUCUCCUUCCCCCUCACCAUCUUCAUCCCCACUACCUGGCAACGAACCACUACUACCACAUUCUACAUCUCCAAUCUCUUAUACACCUCUAUCUUCAACUCCAUCUUCUUCCCUAUCUCCAUAUACAUUCCCAUUACCACCACCAUCUCUAUCUCUAUCUAUAUCCCCAUCACCUAUCAAUGAGCCAUUGUCACCACCAUCUCCAAUUCCUUCCCCAUCACCAUCUUCAUCCACAUUGCCUGGCAACAAACCACUACUACCACCUUCUCCAUCUCCAUUCCCAUCUGAACCUCUAUCUCCAACUCCAUAUUCUUCCUUAUCACCAUCUACAUUCCCACUACCACCACCAUAUCUAUCUCCAUCUAUAUCUCCAUCACCUGUCAAUGAGCCACUGCCACCACCUUCUCCAUCUCCUUCCCCCUCACAAUCUUCAUCCCCAUUACCUAGCAACGAACCACUACUACCAUCUUCUCCAUCUCCAAUCUCAUAUACACAUCUAUCUCCAACUCCAUCUUCUUUCUUAUCACCAUCUACAUUCCCACAACCACCAACAUCUCUAUCCCCAUCUAUAUCCCCAUCACCUAUCAAUAAGCCACUGUCACGACCUUCUUCAUCUCCUUCCCCAUCACCAUCUUCAUCCACAUUAUCUGGCAAUGAACCACUGCUACCACCUUCUCCAUCUCAUUUCCCAUCCGAACCUUUAUCUCCAACUCCAUCUUCUUCCUUAUCUCCAUCUACAUUCCCACUACCACCACUAUCUCUAUCUCUAUCUAUAUCUCUAUCACCUGUCAAUGAGCCACCGCCACCACCAUCUCCAUCCUCAUCUGCAACUCAUUCUCCACCACCAUCCCCAUCUCCAUCCCAAGUUUUAUCCCCAUCCCCAUCACAUGUCAAUGAAUCACAAUCACAAUCUUCGCCAUCUCCAUCUUCAUCCUCUUCACCAUCUCCAUCCCCAUCUGCAUCCAUAACUCCACUGCCACCACCCUUGCCAUCUCAGUCUCCAUCCCCAUCAACCUCUCCUUCUCUAUCUCCAUCCCCAUCUCCAUCCAUAUCCACAUCCCUAUCAUUACCUUCUUCACCAUCCCCAUCACAAUUAGAACCUCCACCUCCAUAUAUUCAUCAAUCACCAUCACCACCAUUGCAAUCUCCACCACCACCUCCUCCAUCCCAUCCCCAACCCCGCUACAAGUUUCCACCAUCACCUAAGCCAUCUCCUCCUUCACCCCGCUACAAGUCUCCACCACCACCUAAGCCAACUCCUCCGCCACCUCGUUACAAGUCUCCACCACCACCUAAGCCAUCUCCUCCUUCACCCAGCUACAAGUCUCCCCCACCACCUUCUCCAUCUCCGCCUCCACCCCACUACAAAUCUCCACCUCCACCAUCAGGUUCAUCUCCUCGUACUUAAGACCUCACUUCAAUUACUAAACAAAUCACAAUUUCUAUGAGAUUAUGUACCUUAUUAUAAACUGAUAACUAAAUAAUUGUUGUUGAAGUUCUCAGACUCUAUCAUCGAGCUUUGGUUUAUAUCAUUGUAACUCAAUGCGAAUCAAGACAAUCGUUCAGGACAACCGAGAUAUGAUAUGCCUGGCAACUCUUGUGCAAUAUAUAAAUGUAUUUUAUUGAGUUGAUAUAAUGAAACGAUGGUUACAUGAUAUUUUUUCAUCAAUGAAUGUAGAUGAAUUUUCUUA